AUGGCAGACUUCGAGGCUCCUUCAGGGCCCCCACCUCCCAAGGUUCCCGAGGGAUGGGUCGCCAGAUGGAACGCACAAUACUCAGAAUGGUUCUACGUGAACACCUUUACCAAAAAGUCCCAAUGGGAGAAGCCCACCGAGCCAGCCCGGCCUCCCAUGGGCGAUGACGCCCCUCCGGGCCCUCCACCCGCCUACGCCGGCGGCAGCGGGCCCGCCCCCACCGACUCCAAGACGAACCCCUUCACCCCACAGUCCACCGGCCCCGGCGGUGCCUCCAGCUCGACCGACUCGGACGCCGAGUUUGCGCGUAAGCUACAAGAAGAAGAGGACGCCCGCGCGCGCGGAAGCUUCGGAGGCGGCGGCGGCGCUGCCUCGAGCUACAUGAACUCCAGCCCGGGUCCCGGCCAGAGCUCGAGCCCGUACCCCAGCCAACUGCCACCCCGCGAGGGCGAGACCAAGAGCAAGGGCCUGCUGGGCAAGAUCUUCGGCGCCGGAAAGAGCAAGCUCGGUAGCGGCGGUGGCGGUGGCUUCGGAGGCCACGGCGGCGGCCAUUAUCCCCAGCAGGGCGGGUACUACCCCCAGCAGCAGCAGUACGGCGGUUACCCCCAGCAGGGCUACGGAGGCUAUCCUCCCCAGGGCGGGUACGGUGGCUACCCUCCGCAAGGAGGAUAUGGCGGUGGAUACGGCGGCGGCUACGGUGGCUACGGAGGGAGGCCCCAGAAGGCCGGCGGUGGAGGUAUGGGAAUGGCCGGUGGAGCGGCGCUCGGUCUAGGAGCGGGCUUGGUCGGUGGCGCUCUCAUCAACGAGGCAUUCGACGAUCAUCAGGAGCAAGAAGCCUACCAGGAUGGUUUCCAGGACGGAAAUGAUUUUGGCGGCGACGACGGAGGUGGCGACUUCUGA